AUGAUGUGUCUGGGGGGGGGUUGUCUGAGAGAGAAGUCUCCAGGCUCAGACUCUCAGGCCUCUCCUCAGGGAGCGGAGUCUUCUGUCCGGACGCCCAUGCUCGAGGGGAGUGACAGCUUCGAGUCUCCACCGCUCUCCACUAAAGAGUCCAGGAGAAGCCUCGCCUCCUUCCCUACCUAUGUAGACGUCCCAGGUCCGUGUGACCCAGAGGACCUGAUCGAUGGGAUCAUAUUUGCUGCUAACUACCUGGGCUCCACCCAGCUGCUGUCUGACAAGACGCCCUCCAAGAACGUCCGUAUGAUGCAGGCCCAGGAGGCCGUCAGCCACAUCAAGGUGAGGAGAGACACAGCUCUAUACUGUAGACCAGACACAGAUCUCAUCUACAAUACACAGCUCUAUACUGUAGACCAGACACAGAUCUCAUCUACAAUACACAGCUCUAUACUGUAGACCAGACACAGAUCUCAUCUACAAUACACAGCUCUAUACUGUAGACCAGACACAGAUCUCAUCUACAAUACACAGCUCUAUACUGUAGACCAGACACAGAUCUCAUCUACAAUACACAGCUCUAUACUGUAGACCAGACACAGAUCUCAUCUACAAUA